GUAUGAUUCUCAACGGACGACAAUUGAAGAGUGGCUGUCCAGUUUAGUACCCAGGAAAUUCGGCGAAGAGACGAAGGUUGCCAGUUUGGUUGUGCAUUAGAAAGUGUGGGUCGUGGCGACGUUUUUCGGUGCACUGAAACGUGGAAGACGCGCGAUGUGUGACGUCAAACGAGGCUCGGAAGUGACUGCUUGAGAGACUCGCGGAGUGGCUUGAAUCGAGGAAGAUGUCGGAUUUCCUUUAUUCGGAGUAAUACACGAAUUUAAGUUCUCGGUCCUUGCAACUGAAAGUUUUUCUACCUCUCUUCCUUUGUCCACAAUGAAGGAAGAAUAAAGAAGUUUUAUAUAGUUAUGAGGAAAUUUAAUUGCCGAAUUUUUUCAAAUAAAUUUUAAUACGCUUCAGACAAGAAAAGAGGUCGGAUUCGAUAGGAUCGCCGAAUGUUUGGCGCGCAAUGUGAAUUACGGUAUGCGAUAGAAAGUUUAUACUCGCAAAACGCGGCAAGUCAGGUUACCGCAUUCGUUCACAAAGAACAGCGAGUUCGCCGGGUCUGCUCGCCGCGCUCUUCGUGGAAGGAAAGCUCGAGCGAUCGAGAUAGAAAGGCGACUAUCGAGGCCGUAACGUCAUCUCGGAGAUCAGCUUCAAUGACAACCUGAACAGAGGGAGAGAGAGAGAGAGAGAGAGGAACAGGAAUGGAAUGUGCGCGAAGCGGAAUCUCUGUAUCGAAAAUCUGAGCUGGCUUGUUGAGGCUUUAAUUGAUGUGCACGAGGAAUAAUUUUACGAGACGUGGUCGCCUCGAGAUUCCUUGCGAGAUCGUCGCUCGAUCGCGAGCGAGCGAAGAGGGAUCUGGGAAAUCGAAGGCAUCGCGUCGCGCAUGAGGCUAUUGGCGAGCGCGAACGAACGUGCGUUUCGUGGCUCCCGCGCGGAAUUGUAUGCAAAAUCGCGUCGGCGAUAUCGCGCGGCAUCGGCGCGAUCGCGACCCGCUUACGCGAAUAAAGAGGACGAGGUGGUGGACUCGAGGGGAGAAGAAGCGAAAGAGAAGAGGCGAAAGAGAAGGAAACGGCGAGGAAUCGAGGGUACACGCUGCACGGACGCGCAUAUACGCGCGAGAUUAUUGCGGUUGAUUUUCGCUGCGGCGCAACACGGCCGUGCGCGGGAAUCAUGUGGCGACGUCAUUGCACAACACUCCCGUCAUCUCCGAUCGGCAUUUAAACGCAUGCCCGUCCGCGUGCGGUGCGUGUUUUAAAGCGAAUAAGAAAUUCCGAGAAACGCGGCGCACGCGUCUCGCAAGUCAUACCUCCGGGCAUCUGCGGGCAGAUUCUACAUAGAGAUAUAUCAACGCGCAACGGCUAUUAUAUUCGUCUGCGACUGACAAUACGCCGCGGGCGAUACGCUACAGUAAUAAUAAAAUCGCAACGCAACGAGAUUCCUCGUCCGAGGAAUUUUGCGGGUGACGGAACAUCGCGCUGACGCGGAGAGAUUUUACCAAGCCCCGCGAAACGCCUCGCUCGCUCCGAGUUAAUUCACGGCGUUUCUCACAUUCCGUGGGCCCGCAAUAGACAGACACGAGCGAUAAGGAUGAUGAAACGUCGCCUCUUAUCUUCAGAAAAAUUCGAACGGAAUGUAAUCUUCGCCUCUUUCGCGCGAGAUGAAGGUACCUCGUGUUACCACUGACAUUUAGUAUCGUGUUUAGUAAUUGCACAUUAUUUUUUCGCAUUUAUUGACGUAAACGCGAGUCGGGAGUGUGGCAGUUAGUUGGCUGAAAAAUUGAAAUUUGUUUUGCGCCGCACGUAUAAGUGUGUCGUCAUCGAGGAUGAGCAACCGCUUGGAUUAGACGGCGCGAAGAAAAAGCGAGCGGAAUGCAGCUGGCAACGAGUCAGAGGCCUCAUCCGCCUCCGGUGCCACCUCGGCCGAGUCGGCAGGUGGUUGCCGAGGCCCUCAAGAGAUCGCCAAGGCCGCCCUGUCCUACCAGGCAGGCACCACCGCCGCCGAACACGAAGCCCUGGAGAUCCGAUCAGCAACAAGUGCAACAACUGCAGCAACAGCAACAGGUGGACCCUGCAACGGGCGGACGCACGAUCGUGUACGAGUCCCUCAAGGAGUGCGCGAAGGACGAGAGCGUGUCCAACGACAGAAAUCAGCGGGAUCGCAAUCAGGCGCGCGGUACGGACAGAAAUGUAGAGGACAGGUCGGAGAACGGGGGCAAGAUUAUCUCGUCUCACGAUCAACAUCGCGGACCCGGCACCGGCUCGGAAAAGCUUUACUCCACGGGAAACGUCCCGGUGAACAUCGUGCGGAAGCGCAACAGCCUGACCAAGGAUCAACGGCCGCAACGCAGGCUACAGGAGAUCCGAAGAAACUCCCGCGGGAAAGACCUGGCCGACAAUCUAUCGUAUCGUGAACGAUGCAAAGAUUUGCUCGGUAAAGAUCAGCAAAGAGAGAAUAGUAUCACCUCGACGGAGAAAUUCGAAACUGCACCGACGACGACGACGACGACGACGACGACGACGACGACGACGAAGUCACCGGUGGCCAUUCGAGCUGUCAACGUGUCCUUCGAAGACGCGCGUCGUGCCUCGUCCUCGAGUCCGGAUUCCGCCGGCGGGCGAGUCAUGGUGAGUCACGCGGAAAAAUGCAACGGCGAUCCUGAGAGAGCGGACGGGCGCGACGAGAGAGCCCGGUCGACGCCCACGUGCCGGUUGUGUCCUGGUGAGCAACAAUUGCAGCAGCAGGAAGCGCUCGCGACGAGUGAAAAGCCCGCCGGGAAUGGCGGUGUCAAGACUCCAGCCUCGAUCGAGAGAUCGACGGGCGUCCCGAGCGUUGACCGCGCCGCCGCCGCCGCCACCACGCUGCUCGUCGUCGACGAACCAGAGCGUAAAAUCGCGCCCAGCGACCAGGAGGACAGUAACGACAACGACAGCGACAACAAUAUCCACCGGCAGGACUGGCUGGAGGCCGGAGUCCGUUACUCCUCCACGCAGAUCACGCUGCACGGGGACGACGACGACACCGUCGACAGGGAUCGGAUCAACGGUUACGAUCAUCGCGAGGAGGAGAGAAUCACUGAUCUUGAUUUCAUCAGUAUACAAGAAAGGAUCGCGAUGUCUUCCCUGCAAGGAUUACCCCCGUUACCGAGGAGCCUGAGCGGCUUCAACCUGAGCGGCGGACGCGGCGAGAUCGGCGAGCCGCCUCCACCGCCCACAAGAUCGUCCAGUAAAUCCCAAAGAGGCGGUAAAACGCCGCUGCAAUCGUCGACAUCGAGACCGUCGCCACCUGCCAGACAGCUCACCACCCUGGAUACCCAGCUGGCGGUGCUCAGGAGAGAAAUGUUUGGUUUACGGCAAUUGGAUCUCUCGUUGUUGUCGCAAUUGUGGUCCUUGAAUGAGUCGAUUCAGGAGUUCCGGCAGCUGCUGCAGGAGCAGGAGGAUCGAGCGCCCUCGCCGUCGCCCAGCAGCGAGGAGGGAGACGAGACGUCUUACGGCGUGCAUCCACCGCCGCCACCGAGACGACCGGCGCCCACGCUGCACCAUCAUCGGCCGCCGCGACCGCCCAGGCCGCCCAGGCCAUCGGCCAGCGACGAGUCGCCGUCGAGCGAGGAGUACGGGGCCGUUUGACGUAUCGUUACCGAGAGGAAGAAGUACACGAAAAGAUCUCGGUCCUCUCACCGCACCUAAGAACGGCGUUCCGAUCUCUCCGAAGACACGAGAAAAGACCUCAUGAGAGACUUUUGCGUGAAAACGAUAACUGCGACGGUGGUCAAGAUUGGUGGUCAAAACUCGACGCGCGUCAUGUACACGCGUCGCGACAUUCGAUUUUGCGAAUUACCGAUUCCUAUAAGAGUGACCUGCAAGAGUCGCUUGCAGAGCCACUCGAGAUCGCGAUUUGUGAGACGGUACUUUAAUUCGUGACCGGAACCGAUGAUCGAGUCGGCCGGUUGACUGAAAGAUUAUUUCGCGGUAGAUUAGUCGUGGUCGCGCGCGUACAGUGCUAUCUGCGUAACUAUCCGGGGAAGCCGGUCCCGCUUCUCCCGCGGGCCGCCGCUAGUCGAGAUUACCCGCGACCGCUACACUUCGAAAAGAUUGAUGAUCGAAUCGAAACUCGACGGCGGAAGUGACCGCAGUAGUUCACGUCAGCCGCCAUCACGCGAACGUUAUUUCGCGUAUGCGAAGAUAAUAAUCUCGCAGCCCGGAGAAGAGUAUCGACUUGCCAAUUUGCAGUAACGACAUUCCGCGUAUAUCGCGCUCUAAAUAAGGAAGGACUCGAUUGCCGCGAGCGAGAGAGCUGACUUCACAGCUCGGCGCGCCGCACUCUCCUCUCUACUUGUGAUAACGCUCGAAGGGGCCUUUGAUUAAUGAUAAUCGCAUCCAUUUGUGCGGAUUAAGAUUUCUCCGCGACUCCGCUCUGUCGUAGAGCAAUUGUAACAGAUCCGAGCCCAAAGCACCGCGAUUCUUUCGCGUCGUGAUCCAAGAAAUAGCGCGAUUCUUCGGCGGAUUCACCGGCCGAGGAGCGGCUGGUGAAUCCGAAAGAGUCGCAGCGUUCUCUCUUCUUCCAUAGUUGUUGUUUUUUUUUUAUACUGCUGCGAGCCCGUCGCAAAAGCUUAUCCUCGUUGCUGACGUCGGGUCACCUGCGCAAUCAUAUCUGCCGUACACGCGAAGUUGGACAAAUUUAAUACCUUUAUAUAUUAUACAAGAAAAAAAAGAUAUUUAUUCAACGGGGAAUUUCUAAACGUUUGAUUUCUGACGGACGUUACAGAUAUAAAGCGAGCCUUAUAGACGUAUAAUAUCUUAGUCCAUCAGGUCUUCGCGUGCGCGGCAUCUUCGGGAAAGCUAAGAUUGUCAAUAUUCCGCGGCGCCCUUUCGUGUAGAUCAGUACGAGCUGUGUGUAAAGAUAUGUAAGACUACGUGCAAAAUAAAUGAGACUUAAUUUAAAAUA